ACUGAAUAUUAUGUAUGCUGUAUCAAGUAUGAUUAGUCAAAUGUAUGUCUUAAAAUUUUCUAUAGACUGCUCCUCGCUUGUAUUUCUCUCCCUGUACAGGAAUUUCACUUUUAGAUAUUCACGUGAGUAUACUUGGUCUAGAUCUAGAUGAGAGAAUUACAAAUACGGAAGAACAGGUGCCUCACUCUUCAAUCGAUGUGAAUAAAUUGGUAAACACCAUCAAACGGGAUCUCCGUUCGGUCGAUGCCCAGCAGCACGAGUACUGUAUAUAUAAAAUUCCAGAGAGACUGCACCGCACAAAACCAAAUGCAUACACACCGCAAGUUGUCUCCAUCGGCCCUCUCCACCAUAACAACAAGAAGUUACUACGCCUGCAGAAUUUGAAACUAAGCUUCCUCAGGAAUUUCCUGGGUAAGACCAACAUGGAUUUGAAUAAAUGCGUCGAGGAGAUUACAAGAUGGGAUGCAAGAGUCCGCGGUUGUUACGCUGAGAAAAUUGAUGUCAGGAUCGAUGAACUCGCAGAAAUUGUCCUGGUGGAUGGCGUUUUCAUUAUCGAGGUCUUGCUGAGGUUUGGCGCUGAUCAUAACAAUUGCACCACGAGUGACAACAACAAUAUCGACCCCAGACAUUUUAAAGCAUGGGUGCUGUCCACCUUGCGGCCUGACAUGAUAUUGCUGGAAAACCAGCUUCCGUUCUUCGUUCUUGAGGGUCUGUUCAACAUGGCUUUCCCUGCUAACGAGCGUAUAUUAAUGCCCUCACUGCUUGAUCUCUCCCUGAAAUUUUUCCAUGGCUUGAUGCUAACGACGCCGCCCGCGUCGAAGAAAGACUUGCCCCAAUCCGACAUACAGCACUUCGUUGAUUUACUGAGAAUCUGUCAUCUCCCGUCAUCCCUCCGCAGGCGGACAGGCACUUCUCCCGUCAUCUUCCGUUCUUCGUUCUUGAGGGUCUGUUCAACAUGGCGGACAGGCACUUCUCCGACCGCCGAACGCGUGUCCAUACGCAAUGCAACACAGCUGCAGGAUGCCGGAAUGAAGGUCAAGAAAAGCGAAAAGACUCGACUGCUGGAUAUCGACUACGAGGCCGGGAAGCUGCAAAUCCCGCACAUGAAAAUCAGAGACGAGACGGAAAUCGUGCUCAGAAAUCUCAUCGCCUUGGAGAUAUUUCGCUACAGACACGAUAGUUACAUUAUAGAUUAUGUUUACUUCAUGGAUGACUUCAUUGACAACACCAAAGACGUGGACCUGCUCAUUCGAAAUGGCAUCAUCGAGAACUGGCUGGGCGACAACUACUCGGUGGCGGUAAUGUUCAACAAUCUCACCAAGGAGACGUCGCUGAGUGGAAGCAACUUCUACUAUCAUGACACUUGUGAACGCAUGAACAACUUCUGCAAAGUUGCGUGGCACCGUUGGAAGGCAACCCUGAAGAGCGAGUAUUGCAGCACUCCGUGGAGAAUUGCUUCUACCUCUGCCGCCAUCAUUCUCCUGCUCCUCACUUUAUCACAAACCGUUUUCUCUGUCAUUUCGUUGUGGUUUUAA